CCCUUUAAACCCAAAAUGGCGACUAGACAACAAAAUGGUCGCGUGGGGAUAAUCAAAAAAUUACGACGCUCUGUCUCAGCUAGCGAGCAUAGCAUGAGUGAACUACGCAACCGAAAAUCAACACAAUAUCUAUUCGAUCAACAUGGUACACCCAUAGAUCUCAGACAAUUUCGCAAGGUUCUCGACAAAGAGGACAAUGGCAAUAACAAUAAUAACUCGGAAAAAAAGACCAGAUAUCGAAGGACACAAAGUGUAACAAGAGCAGAGGAGAUAACAACUAAAUCGGAGAAACAACGACUGAAACAACCAGAUAAAUCCUGUCAUCGUCCCAGAGAUUCAUUGUUUUCAUGGAGUUCUGGUUUUAGCAAUUUUACCGGACUGGUAAACUGGGGAUUUCUAUUACUAACUAUUGGUGGUUUCCGUCUGUGUUUAGAAAACUUGUUAAAAUAUGGAAUUCGUAUUAAUCCCCUGGAUUGGUAUAUAUUUGUCAGUGGCAAAAAUUCUUCAGAGGGUCAUGGUUCUCUGUUUUUGAUACUAUACUCUUUUAUACACAUAUCGAUAUGUUUACUGGUGGAAAAAGCCUUGGCUAUGGAAAUUAUAUCUGAAGGUUUGGGAAUGUUUAUGCAAGUUACAAACAUCAUAGUGGUUGUAGUACUACCAGUGGUUAUAAUGCAUUUGAAGAGUCAUCUAUUCGGUUUAAUGGGCGCAUUAACUGUGUGUUUUUUCUACUCAAUAUUGUUUCUGAAGUUAUGGAGUUAUGUUCAGGUGAACAUGUGGUGUCGUGAAACCUAUUAUAGUAGACAAUAUAACCCCAGAGUACGACGUCCCAGUUUAACAUUGGCCGAAUUGAAAAAUGGACAUUUAGAUGAUGAAGAAAAGGAUGAGGAUAUACCGGUCUUGGUGCAGUAUCCAGAUAAUUUAUGCUAUAAUGACUUAAUCUAUUUCCUGGCAGCACCCACACUUUGCUACGAAUUAAACUUUCCACGCACCAAUCGCAUACGGAAACGUUUUCUUUUCAAACGUCUGCUAGAAGUGGUAUUUGGCAUCAAUGUGGUUUUGGCUCUAUUCCAACAGUGGAUAAUACCAUCGGUGAAAAAUUCUUUAAUACCUUUUUCCAACAUGGAAAUUGGCUUGGCAACUGAGCGAUUACUGAAAUUGGCUCUGCCCAAUCACUUGGUAUGGCUGUGUUUCUUCUAUCUAACUUUCCAUUCGCUAUUGAACGCCAUUGGUGAAGUUAUGCAUUUUGCCGAUCGUAACUUUUACAAUGAUUGGUGGAACUCAAAUAAUAUUGAUACGUUUUGGAGAACAUGGAAUAUGCCAGUUCAUAGGUGGUGCGUACGCCAUUUAUACAUUCCUGUGGUAAAAAUGGGUUAUUCUUCGCGACAAGCCUCUACCAUUGUUUUUAUGAUUAGUGCAUUUUUCCACGAAUAUUUGGUUUCCGUUCCUCUACAAACCUAUAAAAUUUGGGCUUUUCUGGGUAUGAUGGGUCAAAUUCCUUUGUCGGCUAUAUCAAAAUCGGUAGAGCGAACCUUGGGGCCUCGCAUGGGUAACAUCACUGUAUGGGCUUCGAUUAUUUUAGGGCAACCGCUUUGUAUUAUGAUGUACUAUCAUGACUAUGUAAUAACACAUUUUUCCAAUUCCUUAAAUGGUACCGUUCGUGGGCAUAUGUAAACUGCUUGUUUGGGGACAUGUUUAAAAUGCCCGUUUGGGGACAUGUUUAAAAUGUCCGUUUGGGGACAUGUUUAAAAUGUCCUUUUAGGGACAUUUGUUUGAAAAAAAAUGAACUACUUUGUUUGCCGGUACUUAGAGGGGAAAAUAUUUAACAUUCUGCCCAAAUGUAUGUGCAGAUUACUCUGUUUUUUAAUGACACAUUUUAGCUAUAUACGAUUGCAUUUAAAUUAUUUUUAUUAAGUGCUGAAAUUAUAAGCAAAAUCAUAGGUUAUAUAUGAUUGAUGCCUGGCCGCAGGUGCGGUUGUAAAAACUUCAAAAAUGAAUUAAAAAUAAGAGCUAGAAUUUACUACAAAUAAUAUCUAGAUUGUUUGAACUUUUUGUACAAAAUAUUUUUUAAAAACUUAUUGAGAUCGAAAUAUAUUGUAAAUAUAUAUACACUGAAAAA